CCUAUGCUGAUUUCCCCCCCACAGGUCACUGGAAUACUGCUUGGUAACUUUAUGGUUUGGGGUGGAUUUUCCCUUUAAAAUACAUGGCUGAAAAUAUCAUAGGGAUUUUUUUUUCUCCAGAACUGUCAGUACCGAUAGUGUGUGUGUGUGUGUGUGUGUGUGUGUGUGUUUGAAACGUGCUUUAUUGUUCCAAUAAUCCAUGACUUACUCUUUAAUUUCAGCCAGAGUAGCGACAUUAGAUUCCCGACACUCCGCUAUCUUUAUUAAAAUCAACAUCAACCACAGGAGGGAUCCCGGACCGGAUGUUUGACGUAAACUCUUAAUUCCGUGCCUGUUGCAGGGAGGUAUCGGGAAAUCCCUCCUGUCUGAAGAAUAUAAAAUGACAGCCCUUUGCAACGACAAGGCAACUUCUUCUGGCCCUGGCAGCCCUCAGCAUCAGUGGAAACUCACCCGCAGCGCAACAUGCCCUCUACACUCAACGCGUACAUGCUCUCUGCAGUGACCCUGGCGGCUCUGCUCCUGUGCGCCCCCGGAGCUCCAGUGGAGGACGCGCCCACCGACAGCCCGAUAGGUGAUCUGUCAGGUGAAGAGGAGGUGGCGGCUCCUGACCUCCUGAGCGCCUCCCCAGUCUGGGACUCCAUCCUUGGCGCAACUAAACGCCACGAAAAGCAGUUUGAAGAUGAAUUCCAAAAUGAGGUGAAAUAUCAUUUUCUGGAGCACUACAAAAUCUCCUCACUUCCAGCAAGCUGCCCUUCCUCCAACUUCAGCAAGGAGUCUUGUCUCCACCGGUUGGUCCAAGGUGUGCUUAAAUACACAGUUCUCCUCAAGCACGUGGAGAAGGAGUACCCCGGCAGCUUGAUCUGCUCAGAGGUCAGAUACUACGGCGGCCUCCUGGUCAGCCUAACCAAAGGAAAGAUGAGGAACCCUGAUCAGGUCACGGCGCUGACCAGCAGCCAGGAGAUGCAGCUCCUGAAGGACCUCGACAACCCCAACACCUUCCACAGAAAGAUGACCGCGCACAGCAUCCUGCGCGAGCUCCACGUCUUCCUCCUCGACAGCAAGAGGCAAAUUAAUAAAAGGGAGAGGCUCAGAGGAAGUCUGGCUGUCAGGACUAUGGCACCCAUCGGUAUCUAACACACGCUGAAAAGAUGAGAAUAUUAAGAAUCAGUUAUGGAGAAAUACCUCAGGGAAACUGGGUGGCGUUAACACUGUUACUGUUCUCACACUCAGAUGUUUCUGUUUUGUUUUAAAUGGGCAGAUGAUGAAAAUGCAUGGUCUGAGUGCACCAACUGUAUGUGCGGUAUAGUCACAGUCUAUGAUUUUGUAAAUCUUGAAGGCCUCAGGGCUUAAAUAGCCCACUAUUGCACAACUUAUUUAACCUAUUUAUACUUGGUGAAAAGUGUUAUUUAUUGGUCAUAGGAAAACCCAUGAUCGUGGGUUUCUUGCACCAAAAAAAAGCAUGUUUUAUUUAUGAUUUUAGUGUUGAUUCAUUUCUGGAUUUUGAUAUUUGUAAGAAAAUAUUUGAGAAUUUUAUCUCCUAUUUUGUGAAGGAUGAUUUUAUACCAAUAGUGCUCUUAUUUAUUUACAACUAUUGUUAUUGGACUGGAUUUGUUACUGUGUUUUGAACACACAUGACGAGUUAGUGACUGGAAGGAAUAUUUUGUGCACAUGCAGAAAUAAAAAUGUAUUAAUUUAAAUGAGAAGUUUGUUUGUUCAUUCCAACAUGUCACACCUUUUAAACUAUUUUCAAUAAACCAUUGAUGUCAAAUGCAGAUUUUGAUCAGUCUCCUUAUGUACGCGUUUUCAAUGGAGGCUGGAAAAUAUAACUGUUAAACUUUAAAAACAGUUAAAACUAAAACAUGUUAGCGGUGAUCUGUUAAUCAUAAUUUGUGGAAUUUCCAAAAUUUAAAAAGUCAACCAUAACUAUUCAUG